AUCUGGAGAACGAUUGCUUCGAAUCAAUCUAGAGGUAUUUUCUUAUUUUAUAAUGAGAAAGCUUAAAAGGACAUAGAAAUCGAAGUACUUUGACAGAAUUGGAGAUGGUUUUCAAAUUGAAAAAUCAAAUCGAAGACCGAGAGUUUGCGGAGGAAGGAUCUACUUGCGCGUUUGCGAUAUUCCUGAAGACAAACAGAAGGAAGCGAUUCCUGCACGAAGAUCGAUUGUUUACCAAUUCAGUUAUUGGAGAAAGGAGUUUUAGGUAAAUCUAUCGAAGCUUUGCAAAGAUGAUAGAAGAGCUUUCGAAAUAAUAACAUUUCCACCAGCAGAUGUAUCCAUCAAAGACCCCAAACAAAACCACCGUCACUUUGUCAACUAGCUACCACCCACAGACACCUUCAAACGAAACCACACGAAAUAAUGAUACUUAAAACCAAAUUAGGGUGAAGAUAGAAAGAGCACCCUUCUAUGAUUAAGCAUAACAUCCUUAUCACCCACAAACACCGUCGAACUGAAACCAUGACAACGUACUGGAAUCGUUCUCCGCAGGAUCUCCUAGCAAAUGCGCGACACUGAGGGUAAUCCUCGCGGAGGGUGGUCGUUCAGCGUUCCUGCAAACGUGUCCGUCGCUGGCGGUCAGGCUCGCGUUGUUGAAACUCUUGGAGACGAACUGGGCGAGCUGCUCCAUCCUCGUGGAGAAGACUCGCGCGACGACGCGCCUCGCGUCCACCUCGUCGUCGAGGACGAGAGUCGCGAAGGGGGUUAACGGAGGUGGCUCGACUCUCGGCACACGGAGUCGCAUCGCCACGCGUCCCCCAGGGACGCCAUUCGGACGCCGGCCAAUCGAGUAACUCGUAGGCGGGCCGCGUCACGCCCACUUUCCCGGUCUAUCUCUCUUCCUCGUUUCGUCUCCGUCCCUUUCGCUCCUCCCUGUCUCUCGAUCUCGCUCUACCCGUCGUCUCACCCUCUACCCCUCCACGAUUACUCAGCCUCCCUGCUUCGAGCAGACUAGUAAACCGAGGCUCAUUAGCAUUUGCGCCCGCUUUUCCACCCGUGAAGCGCAAACUACCACCUACCAGAUGGCCAACCAGCCUACGCCGACCAUCGUUUCGCUAUAUUCAACCCCUGUGUAGCUUGCCAGCCACGUUUACGAGCCUCGCAACCACCCACGCUAACCCUACGUCGACGCCGCGACGUUCUACCCUCCUACACUGUUUCAUCGUCUUCCACCCUCGCGGAUAGGUGAGAACUACUCGGCAUCCUGUUGACGAUGUUUACAGCCUGUGAUAUACACUCUCCCUGCCACCUGGGGGAUGAUUAGCGAUUUUAAACGAUCGACCUGAUCGUUGACGAGGAUCGCCUCUGGUCGGUAGAUUUAUUUCUUCUUAUGAAACGACAACCGCGGAGUUAGAUCGUUGAAAAAGGGACAAGUGGUUAUAGGUGUUGGAUAAUAUUUGUCCAGCGAUGUUCUACAUAGAAAUGGCCGUGUAACAGCCCUUUGCCACGCCAGCCGCGUCGCGAGUCUGGGACGUGGAGUGUCUCGUGUUUGCCGCUACCAAACUCGGCAAUAUUUAAAUGGGAUUGCGUUCGGCAAUGUAAUUGCCUGGGCAAACACGGCUCCGUGCUACGCUGGCUAGGAUAUGGACAGAGAGACAGGGCGGCUCGAGCGAAAACGAAGGGUGUAGAAGGAAAAAAAGAAUCGCACCCUUGUAAACAUUAACGCUAUUUCCUUUUACACCUUGCGAAUAGCUUCAUCAGGGAUCGAACGAUCCUCCUUAAAAAUAUUUUUCUAUUAGAUCCUGGAAGCAUAAAAUCAUCCGGCGACCUUGAAAAAAAAACACAGGGCCCAAGAUGAGAAAAAACGACAGGACGGACCAGGAAGAGAAUUAACACACGCGGAAACGAAGAGGAGGGAGAAAGAAGAUCGCGUGGAGGUUGGAAACGGCGCAUGGUAGAGGGUAUGGUCGUAUAACGCAGGCAGACUGAGCCAAUCAGGGCGCAAUGCGAUUACCUUAACGAGAAAUCCGAUUACUUAUUCAUUCGCCUAACUCGAAAUCAGUUUAACUAAUCGUUUAAUUCGGUAGCUACCCCUCCGAACGUUUUCGAGGCAGACGCGAUGCCAUGCCCCGUGUCUGUGGAACGGUUUUGUUGGGUGUGGUGGCCAUGGGUAUCUCCGUCCAACCUGCCUGGCCAAAUAGACCCGCACACGCGCAACCACCGUCUCUACACGUGCUUUCACCCCUUAACCGUGGCCCAUGGCGAGACGGAGAAAGACGGAGAGGUGGUAGUCGGUGGGGAAACAGCCAUAGGAGAGAGGCCUCAUUCAAUUCAAUUACGUAAUGAAUUGUCGUGUCUUGAGUAAACACCCUUCCUCACCGCGACUCGCCGCCGGAAAAUCGACGGUAGGGGGAUACCUACCACUUGCAGGAGGGGAAUGUCGUAGCUGGAUAACCACCGUGUAUAGUCUCGUUCAGGUAUGGUGACUUUAUUCGGGUGAAAUGGUCCGUGCUCGGGUCAAUUGACGAGCACCUCCGUUUUCAUCCCUCGCCUCGGUUCGUUCCUCCACUGCAGAUCGUAUAAAUGAUAUAAUAUUUAGAAAAAAUCAUAUAUUUUCUGGGCUGCGCAAGUUAAACGAUUUCUUUCCUAAACUUUUCAUUUGUAUUUUUCGAUAUUUCAGGUUGAAAAUUUUUGAUCCCCCGAAACGAAGUUUUACCAAUUUCUGUAUUGGGACCUACAUAAUCAGAGUGCCAUUUAUGAAUAAAGCUGUACCAAAAUGGGCACCGUUUCCAAAGCUUGCAAAUUCAUCUUCGCCAAGUCCUUAGAUUCUCUUAUGCCUAUCUUCUCCUUUGAACAUCACCCACGGAGGUGUGCACCCUCGCGUGGAUCUCAGGAACAUCGAUAUUUCUAGCCUCCUCUCGUUUGAUUUGGAGAGACAGUAAUUUAGGUGUUCUGUUGGAAUUAACAGGGGUUACUUCAGGUUUGCACAGCUACCGGAAACGGUCAACGAUCAAAGGAAGCUCGAUUGAUUUUAGUAGGAACUUUGGCGGAGCUCUUAUUCGACGACGAUGGAUAUCGAUUUAAUAUCUCGUUCUAUGAAUUUUCAAAACACAAAACGAUCUAUACUUACUUCAUUACUUAUUUUGAGAACCAAAUUUCCGAUGUAGGGGGAUUUUAUCCCCGAACAAUCCAUGGCAUCUUUCUGGUCCAGACUCCAAAUUCCCAGUUUAAUUUCGACAAAGGAAAAUGGACAGCAUUCAGUGUUCCUCAGAGGUUCCAACGUAGUGCGAUCAGCGAUUAAAGAAAACGUAAGAACCUUUUUAUUCUGGAAAUCGAAGAAACCCGUCGAAAUUGGUAGCGGAAACUGUGGACAACCAGCGCCGAAAAAGAUCGUCGAGCCUUGCAAAGGAUGUCCAUCGGAGUGUCUGGAUGAGAAACCUGCCAAAAGAAAAAUUUUCAGUUUCAAAAAGCGUAAGGUGAUAAAAAAGAAACCUAGCAAUUGCGAACAGGUAAAACCAGUCGAAGAGAAGUUGACCUGGUGGGAAAUGAUCUUUGGACCAAAUCCUAAGAGGUCCUGGCCAGAUCCUUGCACCUGUAGAUUGGCUCAUAGACAAAAGAGGAUGUGUCGUGCUCGGGAUAAAAGAUUGAACGAUUCGCGAUAUCAAGAAACAGCAGGUGAUGUGUUUAUAUAUACCGAACCGGUUCAAGAAAAGAAACGCCCUUACGAGGAACCGCAGCCAAAAGCACCCCCUUCCUUCAAGGUACCCACGGGGGUGCAGUUCAAAAGGAUGUGUAUGAACGAAAUAGCGUUACUCGAUCGUGAAAUGGCUAAGGACGAAGGAGUGCCUGUAAUAACUAAACGCUAUAGAAUUCCGUACGAAGAACUGAGACCACCAGAAAAAAGAAGAGGAAUGUUUAGUUGUCAACGAGGGAUUCGAUCGGAAGAUAUUCUUCGACCAAUUGAAAGAAACACAAAUUUUUAUGGAACGCCUCUUCCCAUUGUUCAGCAUUUGAAGGUUUGUAAGAACCUCGAGCCCACGAAGAAGAUGGAGAUACCUUUACCUGAAACCAAGGUCAAUGUAAAUCAAGCGCCUCAGAAACGUUCCAGGAUAGAACAACUGAAAUUUCUUGUUCAACAGAAAGAAACCCUCCGUUGUAUGUCUCCAACAGCUUAAAGUAUUUUGGAAUGGACCAAAAAGAUGUAUACAAUUAAGUGUUAUUAAAUUAAUGUGAAAUAAAAUUUUUGCAUAAUA